AUGAGGAAGUGCGUCACGCCUGACUCGUCCGCUAAUGAGAGGCCUUCUUUCCUGAAGGGCGUGCGCGCCGCCCUAUGGGCGGACGCGGCGGCCGGCCCCGCCUCCCGCGGGGGCGGGCGUUGGGCUCGAAGCGCUCACCUCGGCCCCUUUUCCCCUCCCCAGGCCAUCUUGGCGGCCCAGCGGCGCGGAGAGGACGUGGAGACCUCCAAGAAGUGGGCAGCAGGCCAAAACAAACAACACUUUAUUACAAAGAACACGGCCAAGCUCGACCGAGAAACAGAAGAGCUGCACCAUGACAGAGUUCCGCUGGAGGUGGGCAAAGUGAUCCAGCAGGGCCGACAGAGCAAGGGCAUGACACAGAAGGACUUGGCCACAAAAAUCAAUGAAAAACCACAAGUUAUUGCUGACUAUGAAUCAGGAAGAGCAAUCCCCAAUAACCAGGUUAUGGGCAAGAUCGAAAGAGCCAUUGGCCUUAAACUGCGUGGGAAGGAUAUUGGAAAACCACUGGAAACUGGCCCCAAAGGGAAAUGACAACAAAGCCUCGAAAUCAGUUUGUCCAGACUGAUCUCGUCUGGCUGGUUCUCCUUAACCACCAGAAUCUCUCUUUGUAUUGCCAAGCUGAACAAGAGGGUUUCAGACUUGCUUUGGGGGGGAAAUCUGCCGAAUCUGUACCUGCUGUAAAAAGGCAACCUUAAAGAAGCAAUUUUCCUGAUUUUUGUUUUUCCUUCCUCCUUUCCAGAGAUUGAAGAACUAAACCCCAAAAAGUACCACAUCUGAAAAACAUGUGCGUCUUGGUGUUUAGAAGCAGCUAAUGUUAAGACACUUUGGGUGGUCUGAAAUGUGAUCAUUUAAUUGGAAAUAAUUUGUGGGAUGGGUGGGAUAUAUUAUAUAUAAAUAAUUUGGGAGAGUGGGGGGUUGAUCAGUGUCUGCAUUUGAAAUGAUAACUCGGUCACUGCAUCACAAUGACAUUUUUGUUUGUUCCUUCCAGUCUGUUUUAAAAGAGAUCUAUAAUAAAGUUUGAUACCCUUCAGUUGCA